AUGGCAACAGAGACUUUCCUAUACACUUCUGAGUCAGUGAACGAGGGACAUCCUGACAAGCUUUGUGAUCAGAUCUCUGAUGCUAUUCUAGAUGCUUGUCUUGAACAGGAUUCAGACAGUAAGGUUGCAUGUGAGACUUGCACCAAGACUAACUUGGUUAUGGUUUUUGGAGAGAUUACUACCAAGGCGGAUGUUGAUUACGAGAAGAUUGUUCGUAGCACUUGCAGGAAUAUUGGGUUUGUUUCUGCAGAUGUUGGUCUUGAUGCGGAUAACUGUAAGGUUCUUGUGAAUAUUGAGCAGCAGAGUCCUGAUAUUGCUCAGGGUGUGCAUGGUCAUUUCACUAAGAAGCCUGAGGAAAUUGGGGCUGGUGAUCAGGGGCAUAUGUUUGGGUAUGCUACUGAUGAGACUCCUGAGUUGAUGCCUUUGAGUCAUGUUCUUGCGACCAAGCUCGGUGCUCGUCUUACUGAGGUUAGGAAGAAUGGUACAUGUGCUUGGUUGAGGCCUGAUGGGAAGACUCAGGUUACUGUUGAGUAUUACAACGACAAGGGUGCCAUGGUUCCUAUUCGUGUCCACACUGUUCUCAUCUCUACUCAACAUGAUGAGACUGUUACCAAUGAUGAGAUUGCUGCUGAUCUCAAGGAGCAUGUUAUCAAGCCUGUGAUUCCAGAGAAGUACCUUGAUGAAAAGACCAUUUUCCACUUGAACCCUUCUGGCCGUUUUGUUAUUGGAGGUCCUCAUGGUGAUGCUGGUCUCACUGGUAGGAAGAUCAUCAUCGACACUUAUGGUGGAUGGGGUGCACACGGUGGUGGUGCCUUCUCAGGAAAGGACCCAACCAAGGUUGAUAGGAGUGGAGCUUACAUUGUGAGGCAGGCUGCUAAGAGCAUUGUUGCAAGUGGACUAGCAAGGAGGGCCAUUGUGCAAGUCUCUUAUGCUAUUGGUGUGCCUGAGCCUUUGUCUGUCUUUGUUGACACAUAUGGAACAGGGAAGAUACCUGACAGGGAGAUCCUCAAGAUCGUGAAAGAAAACUUUGAUUUCAGGCCUGGCAUGAUCUCUAUCAACCUUGAUCUCUUGAGGGGUGGAAAUGGCAGGUUUUUGAAGACUGCUGCUUAUGGUCAUUUUGGUAGGGAAGACCCUGACUUCACAUGGGAAGUGGUGAAGCCUCUUAAAUGGGAGAAGGCCUAA